GCGGAAGCGGUGCAUUGAGGAGUUGCCAGCAGCACGAGUGCGUGCCAGCAGCAGCAAGACGUUCUUUCCACCACAGAUCACUGCUGUUGAGUCGUCAUGGAUUCGCCGAGCCGCACUGUGUCGAUGGGACAGUUGGAGAGAUUCAUGGGAGAGGUGAGGCAAUGUCAGACAGAGAACUGCAAGCACAAGCAGAAGCAGAAGCACAAGCAGCAGCAACGGCAGCAGAGGCCCAUCUGCCAUGUGUUGAUGCCUGCCUGCCUGCCUGCACGUGUGGUUUUCCUGUUUCCUGUCAUUGCAGCCGGACAUUCACGCAGCCAUCAAUGAGCUGUUCCAGCACGUAAGAAAGACCGUCACUGACAAGGCAUCGCACUCCAUGACAGCACUCAUUGUCCUCUGCAGACCUCCCUGCUGGAGUUGUUUCAGCAGCUGCAGCAGCACCACCAGAGGGGCGAAGAGACCGACCUGCUCAUGCGUGUGAUUGAUCAAAUCUUUCUUCUGGACGACAUGAAGCUGCAGCUCCUGGAAGAACCGGUGAGUCUCUCAAGUGCGCGACGAAUGAAUGCGGCCCUUUCUCUCCCUCCUCUCUCUCUCUCUGUGUUUGUGUUUGUGUGUCAGUUCCAGCCGUUCCUGCAGAUGGCGGCGUCGGCCGAGCAGACAAACCUGCGGCGCAUCCUGGUGGCCAAGCUGGGCGACCUGGUCUCCCUCGCCACCCGGCCGAGGCCCAUGGCCGUCGACACCGACGUUGACGAGCCAAUGGGGGACGACAAGGCCACAGAGGAUGGCGCUGAUGUCGACAACAUUAUGGAGCGGUUUGUGUCGCUCGGUCUGGCGAAGCUGCUGGGGGUGCUGGUUCUGGACCGCGACACAGGGGUGGCCGAGAGGGCGCUGGAUGCCAUUGUCAAAAUGGUGGGCUCGGCUGCAGGGUCGGACAGCUUCUUUGAAGGCGGGUUGCUGGACUGGCUGCUGGACAAGAUCAAGACGGCCAGAGACGUGAGCGGCAAGAGAGAGGAGCCGCGAGCAUGCCCGAGUGUGUGUGUGUGUGUGUGUGUGCCAUUGAUCAGGAGACCCGCCUGCGCAUCUUGGAUCUGUUCGUGUCGCUGGGAUCGGUGUCCGAGACGACAUUCGACAAGUGCGAGGAACGGGGUGAGGCCACGACACGGCCGACUAGCUGCCUGCCUGCCUGCCUGCGUGGGUGUGUGCCUUCCUUCUGUACGCCUGUUUGCCCGUCUGUGUCUGUGUGUGUCUGUGUGUGUGUAGGUCUGUACGAGCUGGUGCUGCAGGAGUACUUCACCGACGACCUGCUCAUCAAGCUCAUCGCCGUUGAACUCAUGGACAAGGUCAGCUGCACACACACACACACACACAGACAGACAGACACACAUCACACCACACGCACCCCUGGCAUGUGUGUGUGUGUGUGUGUGGUCAGCUUGGGAGUUUCCCACAUGGCGCCAGGUACAUGGCUAGGGCGCAGAUACCCCUCAAGCUCGCCAGGCACGCGGCACCACCUGCCACUAACGGACAGCACAGCGCAGCACAACAAAGCACAAGACGUUCCUUUCCCCACGUGUCUGUCUGCAGAGAGCUCCGCGACCCCUUGGCUGACGAGAACGCCAAGAUGAGCCUCGUCCGGCUGCUGGCCAACAUCAUCGUCCAGGUGCGUUGAGUAGUAGGUGCGGCCACACCUGCAGGCAGAUCACCAUUAAUUAUGUUUGCACGCGUGUGUGUGUGUGUACCAGGCCCCGGAUCAGGCGAAGAGCAUCUUCAGCGAGGCCAACAGCGCCAUGGCGGAGCAGAUCCAGGAGUUCCUCAGUGUGCCGACGUCUCGCCACAACUGGACCACACAGAGGGUCAGUGAGUGCAGCCACCACCACAGACCCCUCCCUCAUGUGUUGCCAGAAUUGCCUGCCUCGUGUGCCUGUGUGUGUGUGUGUGCGUGUGUGUGUGGCUCAGCUCUGUGGGAUCAACGCCUGGGGCGACAUCUGCAUCAGUGCCAGCGGCCGCGAGCAGAUCAGCCGCGCCAUGCCACACACUGUCGAUGACGUAUGCGCCACACACACACACACACACACACAUGGGCAACUGAGCUGAGUUGAAAGAUCCCAUCGAUGUGUGUGUGUGUGUGCAGCUGAUCCAUGCUGUCCGCCACGGGGUCGACAGUGAGAUCUGCAAGGCGGCCAUGGCGGCGUGGACCAAAGUGCUCGAGGGGUCAGUCAGAGCCACAGCCCACACCCAUACACACACACGUGGCGAGAGAGAGAGAGAGAGAGAGACUCACCCAUUCUCUCUGAUUUUUCUUUUGUUUGUGCAGUGAUCCACUGUCGGAUGCGCUGAUGGCGAAGGUCUCGGACGACCUGCUGCCAAAGGUGAGAGCACGGCUGAAGACAGACAGACAGCACAUGGGAGUGUGUGUGUGCAGGUGUUGGAUGCGGCAUUGGUCAUGCCCUUCGCCGACAUUCGGCCACACGCAUACCGCCUUCUCGCAGGUCGACCCACACACACCCACACAGACAUGAGACGAAGACACCCUCCAUCUUUGCCGGUUUGUCUGCUGUCUGUGUGUUGUCUCUGUCAGCCUUAAGUCAGUUCAAGUUCACUGCCCGGGCGGUCUGCAGCAGCGAGGUCAGUCAGACACACAGCCACACGCCCCAAUUAAUCAACUCACUGGGUGUGGUGUGUGCCGUGUGCUGCCUCCUGUCCUGCAGGAUGCCCGAAAUCUGCUGGUCGACUGGCACUCAGAGCAAGACAAAUUCGGUGCGAACCUGCGAACCAGACACACACACAGGCAUGAUGCCUCCUGACGGGCGGGCCCUCCUCUCUCUCUCUGUCUCUGUGUGUGUGUGUGUGUGGUGGCCACAGGCAAGUACGCCAAGCACGAGUGGGUGUCCUCCCUGGUGUCGCACCAUGAAGCCUGGCUGCCGACGCUCGUCGGUAAGCGCUUAGACAGAUGGACACACACGCAUAGGCAUAGGUGUCAGUCAUAUUGGGUGUGUGUGGCUGCCUGGCCGGCUUGCUGCAGAUGAGGGCUUCUUGUCUGUGCUCGAGACGUAUGCCAAGAGUGGGCCUUUCUAUAUCCCACCGGGUGAGCGUACGACACACACGUCCGUCCGUCCUUGUGGCUGGCUGGCUGGCUGAGGGCCAAGCAGCCUGCCACUGCUGCCAUGCACUGCUGCCAUGCCAUUUAUGUGUGUGUGCGUGUGUCAUGGCCAUGUGUCUGUCAGGUGCUGCCGCUUCUGUGGCCGAGAAGGCCGGAUGAUAGUGGCCGGCCCGAGACGUGUGCCGUGUCUGUCGUGAGUGGAUGUGUGUCAAUCAAUGAGGUUGCUGCUGCGUGUGUGUGUGUGUGUGUGUUUGCGUGAGAUCAAGAGGUGCUGUGCUGUCUCGUCCGUCCGUCGUGAGAGAGGAGAGAGGCCCACACACAAUACCGACAGACAGACACUUGACGUGAACGCAAAU